UAAGUAUUAUAGAUAUGUUUGACCGCUGAAGGUUAGUCCGAAUACAGAACUCACAAGCUUCACAUCGCUUAUACUAGGCACCAUCAAACACAAUGUCUGACGAUCAGGUUGAUUUAGUUGCCAGGGAUCCCAAUGGACUUAACAACCAUUUGGGGACUCUUCUGUUCAACGAUGUCCUUGGUGAGCCCGAUGGUACCCACAGUAUCGACUGCGUCUGGAAGCUGUCCUACACAUGUUUCGAGUGCUGGAAGGGACUUUGCUACAAGCUUCUAACUCUCUUCUGUGGAAUCUGUAUUGCGGCGGAAUGGGGCUGUGAGUUCGCCUACAUUGCUUUCUACCACAUCUGGUUCAUCACACCAUGCAUGAAGGUCUGCGAGAUCAACUGUGGCCUCUGCCAGAAGAUGUACACUCUCCUUAUCAACUGCUGCAUAGUACCAUGUACGGAGGCAUGUGGUGGAAUCUUCGUCCAUUUUAAGAAAUGAGGAGGAGGCUGACUGUAGGUUUAUUUUAAUGAUUAACUUAACAUUCAGUUCAGAAAUUAACGUGCAGACUAUAUCCUCUAUCAAAGCAGCAGGACUUCAAACGGAAAACUGGAAUACCUCCUUGUGCGUACCAAUCUUAUCUGUGAUAUAUUUAACUCUCGCAAUAGAGACGCAUAAUAAUGAUGGUUUUUCGACCGGACGUCGGACAUUUUUACAACUGGAUAGAACUCGAUUGUUUACCUGUGUCCAUAGUGAUGUUACACGUGGCGAUUGUUAACAUUGUUCUGUCAUUUUACGACAUCAUGAAAGGAAAUAAAUUUGUAUAUAUGUAAUUAUA